AUGCUAGGGACGGAGCAGGAGACUGAGCUGGACGAGACUGAGCUAAUGGAGACUGAAGUAAUGGUUGAGGUGAAAAUGGAGCUUCAGGCCAGGCGGCUAACAGAGCUUCAGGCUGAAGUGGUGGUUGUGGUGAAAGCGAAGCAGGUGAUUGAAUGGCUGACUGAGCUACAGGCGGGGUGGCUGACUGAACAGGGGCCUGAGCUGAGGGCGACUGAACAGGAGUCUGAACUGACGGCAGGGCAGGUGGCUGAGCUGAUAACAACAAGGGCAGCUGAGCUGUGGAAGAACGGAGUCUUUGUCACUCACCCCAGCUGGACAUCCCUGAGGGAAGUUGGACUCCCAUUGGAGCUGGGGCCGCCGAUUGCACAUGGCUGCUCGCGGGCUCGUAGUAAUCCUCCCGGUGCUGUCUUGCGCGCUUUCUACGAGACCAGGGCGCUGGCGUCUGAGGGAAGGGAAUGGAAAAGUGGGCUGAAGGGGCAUCUUCUUCCUAACCUGGCACUGAAGAAGACAGCUGUGCAGUCUUCAAACGGAGACAACAUCGGUUUUGCUUUCAAGGCCGUCGAUGGCAACAGAGACGAGAACUAUCAGAAAGGGUCCUGCACACUUACUUUAUCACAGUCUGAUCCGUGGUGGAGGGUAGACCUGGCAAGAGUGUAUACAGUUGGUGCUGUUGUGAUAACCAAUAGAGCAGGAUUUGAAAACAGGUUGGAUGGUGCAGAAAUCUGGAUUGGAAAGUCAACAAACUUCAGUGACCCUGAGCGUGAGAGGUGUGCCGUCAUCUCUCACAUCCCCAGUGGGGAGACGUUCUACUUUCCAUGUAGCUCUAUUGAGGGACGCUAUGUCACUGUGUUUCUCCCAGGAAGUGGGAAGGUCCUAAAUCUCUGCGAGGUUGAAGUGUACUACGGAUACCCAUUACCCAAUGUGGCACUCAAAGGAGAAGCUACCCAGUCAUCUACACUCUCUUUUGCCACUGCGUCCAAAGCCAUCGAUGGCAGACGGAUCUCGUUCUAUAGCGAUGGGUUCUGUAGUCACACGGCUGAAGACGAGACCGACCCCUGGUGGAGGGUGGACCUGCAGCGAAGCUUUACAGUCACUGCUGUAAAAGUCACCAACAGAGGAGACUGCUGUGCUGAAAGACUGGAUGGAGCUGAGAUCAGAAUAGGAAACUCACUGGAGAACAAUGGAAACAAUAAUCCCAGGUGUGCUUCCAUCUCACAUAUCAAUGCGGGUAAAACCUACACAUUCCAGUGUGAUGGAGGCAGCAUGGAGGGUCGCUUUGUGAACGUGUUUCUUCCUGGACAGAAGAAGACUCUCACUUUGUGUGAAGUGGAGGUGUAUGCUGCCCCAGCAGGUAGAGCUUUAAGUGACUGGAUCUGA